AUGUCUAAUCCAAAGACAAUUAAGAAACGAGUGGUAUGUCCCUUCGAUCGAGUUGCGGUUUCAGGAAGUAGCAAGCUUGCGCAAACCAACGUCUUGGAGCCUCCCAAGAAUACUACCGUGGACGUUGACCCAAAGUUAAUCUACUUGUGCGGCAAGUACAAGAUUCCUUGGAAGAAGGUCAAAUCCAUUCAUUUCCUGGAAGAGGAUGAAGGCUUUGAGCUUCAAUCGGAAAAACACAAUGCCGUCGUCUCGAGUCCUCUCGGAAAUAACUGGCAGCACUGCUAUCGAUUGCUCCACAAGUACUGGCAAAAGCAACUGGAUCUUCGGGACCGCAAAUUGGAAGAACAAAACCAACAAGAAGAAGAGGAGCGACGUAGCAAGCGUCCCAACAAGAGCAGAGGAGUAUAUAGCAGAAGCAGCUAUACCACCAAAAAGUCCAAGUGGUUGGCCCUCAACGAGAAUCGAAACAAUUUUGAUGAAUCGGACGAUGAGGGCACCUUUAACAUGACGAGACCCAAGCGCAAGGCAUUGGAUGACGAGGAGCAAGAACAAGAGCAAGAACAGUCCAUGGGAGAAGCAGAGAAUGAAUUCGACAGUGUGCCAGUGCAAGGCGACGACGAUCACAAUGUCGAGGAUGGUGAUGAGGAGGAGGAGCAGAAUCAAGAGCAAGCCAUGGAAGAUGCCGUGGCAGCUGUCGAUCUAGCGGAACUGGAAAAAGAGGACAAAGAAGAAUCGUCGCAACCAGAAAUUCAAGAUCCAGAUACCGAACCAGAAGAAGCUCCCAAGCCACCAUCAAGAAAAAAGAAGCUCAAGAGAAAACGAGUCCAUCAGCAGGACGACUCGGAUGACGAAAUGUUUGGCGCCGAAAUGACGACGCCUAAUCUUCAAAGUCGAACCGUCUCUCCACAUACCGUUGCCAGAAAUCAUUUCGAUGAUGAUGACGACGACGACGAUGAUGACGACGAAAACGAUGGAGCACAACCAGUGAUAAGUAGCAAGGCUAACAAGACUGUCACUCCCGAAAUUACCAGCUUCUUUCCCGGGCGGAAGAAGGCCAAGAAAGUGGACACCCAGCAAGCUUCCGCACCUCCAUCUGUCAAGCGCAAUGCCCCUCCCAGCAAUUUCUUUGCCCCGAAACGGUCUACUGUGGCUUCUCCAAUGCCACCUUCCUCCGAGGAUUGCCAGUCGACGGUAGCGGCCUCGCAAACCCCGACCAUUGUGGAUUCCCAAUCGACCGUGGUGGCUUCGCAAACCCCGACCAUUAUGGAUUCCCAAUCGACCAUCAUUGCCUCUCCCGAGUCGUCAUCAUCAUCCUCCAAACGAAGUCUCGCCAAAGCUGCUGCUGCUGCUCAAGUGGAAUCGGCCAAACGAAAGAUAACCUUUCACAAGUAUGGCGGCAACAGCAGUACCAAAAAGGAGAAGUCCAUUGAGGAAGAGGACCCAUUGGUGGACUCUCCCCCGCGUUCUCUCAAUCGCACUCCGCCUUUUAGACGCAAGAACAUGCUGGGCAAGCGAACCUACGGCUUUUCCCAGAAGAAGCUGGACAAGGCCAGCAUGGCGUUGGAAACGGCCAACGUCAAUCAAUCUCCCAUUCGGCACAACUUGACGUCGGCCCUGCUCCUGUCGCCUGGUCGAAAAAAGAGAAGUACCAUGAAUGACAGCUUGGCUACCCUUAGUCCGUCAAGAGGCAGAACGCCCUCACGAUCCCCAUUGGCCUCGAGUCCGCCUCCAUUGCCCAUGCCCGACUUUCGGGGCAUCAAGAACAUUGGCAAUACCUGCUACAUGAAUGCAUCCUUGCAAAUGCUCUACUCGGUUCCAAGCUUUCUUGAGCAAUUGGCUUCUGGAGGCAAAUUGCCAAAGCACUCGGUGGUGUCGAGCAUCGUGGAACUCUUCCAAGACUUGCAACAAGUCAAACGAACCUCCGCCUCGGCUCGCGACAUCAAAAUGGCCGUGGACGACAAGACCAACAAGUUUCGGGGGUAUCAACAACGUGAUGCCAAUGAAUUCUUGGGUGACCUUUUGGAUACCAUGCACGAGGAGUUGGUGGAUGCAGAAACAGCAGCGGAGAAAGAAGUAAAGAACAAGGGAGACUAUCCAACCGACAAUUUCUUUCGGCUGGAUGUCGCAGUCUGUCUCAAGUGCAAGUCUUGUGGGUACACUAGAACCAAGGAGGAAAUGUACCGUUAUUUAUCGCUAGACAUUUUGCAAAAGGAAGGGGAUGAAAGCAGUAAGCCCAAUGUGGAACAGUGCCUCGAAGAAUUCUUCAAGCCCGAAGAUAGAGAGAUCAAGUGCGAAAAGUGCGACGAAGGAUUGGUCGCCGAGCAAACUAUGAAGGUUCUCUCCCGACCAAAGGCCAUUUUGUUGCACCUCAAGCGCUUUGCCAUGGUGGAGCAACCCCGCAAGGAUGGCGAAACCACGCCUUCCUUUGUCUUGCGCAAGAACAAGGCUCCACUCGAAUUGACUAAAUCAUUGAGUUUGGAUCCUUUCUUUGGGAAAGAAGACUCACAAGAAGGCCAAACCGAGGCAGCAGCAUCCAAACAAGAGUACAAGAUUCAAUCGAUCGUACACCACAUUGGAACUUCGGCCGAAUCGGGGCACUACACUGCCGAUGCUCUUCGCAAGGAUCCAAAGGACGAUUCUGGAAAGGGCAAAACCUGGGUAUCUUUUGAUGAUACUAUGGUGGAACAAGUAUCUGAAGCGGAUGUACUCGAAGACAAGCCAAGACGAAAGACAGCCUAUAUGAUGCUAUACACCCUAGGGCCUUGA